CGGGCCGACUAAGCCCGGCCCAAAAUAUUUACGUGGCGAAUUUGGAGUUGGACAGCUUCUGUUGAUAUAUUAUUGGCAAUGACUAAUGAGUGGUGCUUCCGCUUCCAAAAAGACGGCAUUUUAUAAAAUCGAUUUUCAUUCAUUUUCUUUUAGAUAGAAAAGAAAAAAUCUCAUCUGUUUUAUAUAAGAGUGGUGGUUAGAGAAGUACAAAAUCAGAUCCAAAUUGUCCGCCAUGAGAGCUCUUCAAGCUUCCACUUCCUACAGCCUAGGCCUAGGCACAUCGUCCGUCGCUGCUCCGCCGUCGCGUCCGCGUCGCCGCCUCGGCGCAGUCGCUAAAGUUGAGCCGACGGAGAAAUCGAUCGAAAUAAUGAGGAAAUUUUCGGAGCAGUAUGCUCGGAAGUCCGAUACAUAUUUCUGUGUCGACAAAGGAGUCACAUCUGUUGUCAUCAAGGGAUUGGCGGAACACAGGGAUACAUUGGGUGCUCCUCUGUGCCCUUGCAGGCACUAUGAUGAUAAGGCUGCUGAGGCACAACAGGGCUUUUGGAACUGUCCUUGCGUUCCUAUGAGGGAAAGGAAGGAAUGCCACUGCAUGCUUUUUCUCACCCCUGAUAACGAUUUUGCUGGUCAGGAGCAGGCCAUCACAUUGGAAGAGAUCCGAGAAACUACAGCAAAUAUGUAAUGCUAUCUUCUUGUAUUCAAACUCACCUGUCUUGAGUAGGUACCAAUGUAUGUAAAUCUGUAUCAUAAUAAUAUGGUAUAAGUUUUUAUUCCCAA